AUGAUUGAGGAAGUCUUGAAGAAGACCUCGGAGAUGUUCCCGCUGCCCACGGCAACGGCCUCAUCUCUGCCUUCGGUUGCUCCCGUUCCCACUGUCAUCCCCGGCAGCGAGCCCGUCUACGAGGUUGCUGGCGAUGCUGGACAGAAGACGCUUUGGGUCGUCUUUGUCCUUAUGCUGAUCGCCUCUGCUGGAUUUACUGUCAUGUCAUGGAAGGUCCCAUUGAACAAGCGUCUCUACCAUGUCAUCACCACCAUCAUCACCCUCACCGCAGCCCUCUCCUACUUCGCCAUGGCCACUGGACACGGUGUUUCCCUGAACAAGAUUGUCGAGCGCGAGCAACAUGACCACGUUCCCGACACCUACACCACCACCUACCGCCAGGUCUACUGGGCCCGUUACGUCGACUGGAGCAUCACCACCCCUCUCCUGCUCCUCGAUCUCGGUCUCCUUGCUGGCAUGUCUGGAGGACACAUGAUCAUGAUGAUCGUUGCCGACUUGAUCAUGGUUCUUACUGGUCUGUUUGCUGCUUUCGGCACUGAGGACACUCCCCAGAAGUGGGGCUGGUACACAAUUGCCUGCAUUGCCUUCAUCUUCAUCUUCUGGCACCUUGGCCUUAACGGUGGCGCCAACGCCCGCGCCAAGGGUGACAAGCUCCGCACUUUCUUCGUCUCCAUCGCUGCCUACACUGCCAUCCUCUGGACUGCCUACCCCAUUGUCUGGGGUGUUGCCGACGGUGCCCGCAAGGCUAGCGUUGAUGCUGAGAUCAUUUCCUACGCUAUCCUCGAUGUCCUUGCCAAGGCUGUCUUCGGUGCCUGGCUCCUUGUUGCCCACGCCAACAUGCGCGAGAGCGAUGUUGAGCUCAACGGCUUCUGGGCUAACGGUCUCAGCCGUGAGGGUGCCAUCCGCAUUGGUGAGGACGACGGUGCUUAA